CCGACGCCCUCCUCCUCCCGCCAGCUGACUCAGAAGGGAGAGAGAGGGAUGAGGAAGGGAGAGAAGGGAGAGAGAGAGGAGGCUAACGUGGCAGCCUGACAUGUGGGGCCUACGUGGGUCCAUGCUAAUUCAGCCGCCACGUAGCAUAAAACCGGGGUCAAAACCACUUAGGCCAAGUGCUAUGGUAGAUGUGACUACCAUCUUCAAAUUUAUCUAUUUUAUUCACUCAUGAAUUAAGAGGCAACACAUACAAUGUAUCACCUCUAACACACAAAUACCAAUAUCUCUAAUACUCUCACACACUUCUUGAAAUUUGUGUGGAGGUUGCCUCUUGAUUUAGGGGUGGCUCAUCUUCUCUCUCUCCACUUCUCUCCUCCACCUCAUCACCCAAUCCAAUGUGGCAUUCUUAGGGGCAACAUAUGAGAUAUUAUAGUACUUGUCCUAAAGUACUUAUUGUGUCCGGUUUUGGUUAGUUAAGGGACGUUAGAUACCUAUUUUUGCGCUUGGAGGACGAUUUUGUAACUCGAUGACAAGUUGAGGGACCUUCGGUGUACUUUCCUAUGGCCCAUACUCGCACUUGGGCCGUAGGACGCGGCCUUGGGUGGCUGGUGGAAAUUUCUCCACGUGACGCAACGCGAUCCCUUCUCUUCCCCAUUUGCGUUCGUAGCGAAUCGCGAUUCCACCCACCACCACCACCACCACCACUGAGAGAGGCGGAGGCGCUGACCAAUCGCGAUGCGGCCGCCGUCGCCGCCGCGGCCGCUGGCCUUCCCGACGCUGGACUCGCUGGCGGCGUUCCUCGGCUCGCGCCUGCCGGCGUCGGCGCUGGCGUCCUGGGGCACGGCGCCGGGAACCAAGACCCUCCUCAACCUCUUCCUCGAGCUCUCACAGGGGGAGUGCGUCCUCAUCUCCGCCGCCGCCGCCGCGGCGCCGCCAUCGCAGCAGCAGCAGCAGCAUCCCGUCGUCCGCGCCGUCCACGUCGCCAGCGUCCGGAUCCGCAACGGGCGCGGCGCGCUGCUGAUGGAGACCGGGCAGCUCCUCUCCGACGGCACGCUCCGCUCCCGCGGCGGGCUCCGCCCGCUGUCGGAGAAGAUGCGCCCCGGCGAGACCCCCGAGGCCGCGGCCGUCCGCGCCGUCCGGGAGGAGCUCGGCGAGCGCGUCCGCGUCCGGAUCCUGGGCGGCGAGGAGGCCCGCGUGGAGGAGCGGGACUCGGCGUCCUACCCGGGGCUCCACGCCAGGUACGUUCUCCACGCGGUGGACGCGGAGGUGGUCGAGGGCGUCCCCGAGGACGGCGAGUUCGACACGGAGGAGGGCGGGGAGCACGAGGACGAGGUCGUCGUCGAUGGAGCCGCCGCCGCCAUCACCGUGAAGCGCCAUUACUGGAAGUGGGUGGACGACAACGACAACGACGAGGAGGAUGUCGCCGGCGCCGAGGAGGGCGCGCGCCAGAGCGCGCACUAGGAAGCAUCAGACAUGCAUCUCGGCUGGCAAUUUUUACCUUGCAAAAUUCUGUAACUUCGUUCGUGUCGACCAACGAUUCGGUGUCAUUUUCGUGUUGUGAUCCUCUCCUGCUGCUGUCAAAAAUAUGGUGCCAAAUUGUUUCACAGAUUGAUUACUGUGUGUUAUUGUUGGAAUAAAAAAUGAAUGGUCCAUCUUUCCUCGUCAGCUUAAA